CCUGCUCCAUCACAAUGCACAGGCUCACUGACAGGCAGCUGAAGCAGCUCAGCAUGAGCAAAACCUCCCUCAGAGUCACAGUUUCCAUGCAAGGCAGCCACUUCUCCGGGGAGGAGGUCAGCACUGAGGUGCCAUUCAACCCUGGCUUCUAUGUUGACCAAACAGAAAUGCUGCUCAGUAACCUUCACCCAAGCUCUGAGGUGAAAAUCUUUGGUGCCACUGAAAUUCUGGAUACCCUGGAGGUGAAAUGUGGGUCACCAGCAGUGAAGGUGCUUGAGAAGGAGAAGUCCUCUGGGCUGCCCAGUUACGCAGUCUACACUGUUAGUCUGUCUGACCCAGGAGUCUCCAGGCAGCAGUCCUUAUCCACCACCUUGACUGUCUCCAGCCCCAUCACUGACCAGUCCAUUGCCAUCCCGGUGACCCUCAUGUACUUGUCUGACAGAAGCAGAGCACCACUCAAGCGUAAGUUUACCUCCAGACUUUGCGUUUGCACGGUGGGCAGGGGAGCGCUCCCUGGGCACAGCCUGAGCGCGCAGCCUGCCUGGCUCUCGCCUUGCGGGGCGGCUGCUGAGCCAGCCGCCGUGACCGAGGCAGGCGGCGUGCAAGUCGCCGAGCGCCCCGAGGCGCCGGGCUGCGCCCUCCCGCCACGGCACUGCCACGCGCCUGUGCUGAGGGGAGGCGCCGCGAGGCCGGGCGGGAGCCGCCGCUCGGGGGCUGCCGCUCGGGGGCUGCCGCUGGGGCUGAGCGGGAAGCUACCUGCGCCUCACUUUGUGAUAAAUGUGUGA